AUGGGCUGUGUUCAUGGGAAAUGCUGUGGCAGAUAUCCACAAUCUCCAGAUGGUACUAACAGAAGGGAAGAAUUGCGUGGUAAUGGAAUACAAGUUCUUGCUGAUAGGUCGUUAGAUAUUGUUGAUGUGCCAUCCCACAAGUUGAGGUUGGAGUAUUCUGUCCUUUCACAAAGGGGUUAUUAUCCUGAAGCGCCUGAUAAAGAAAAUCAAGAUAGUUACUGCAUAAAAACCCAACUUCAGGGGAACCCAAAUGUACAUUUCUUUGGGGUGUUUGAUGGGCAUGGACUGAAUGGUACCCAGUGUUCAAAAUUUGUGAAGAAUAGGCUUGUUGAAAUUCUAUCGGAGGACCCUACAUUGUUGGAAGAUCCUGUUAAGGCAUAUAAUUCUGCAUUUUUGACUACAAAUGAAGAGCUUCACAACAAUAAUGAUAUUGAUGAUUCCAUGAGUGGUACAACUGCUAUUACAGUACUUGUUGUUGGGGAUAUGUUGUAUGUGGCAAAUGUGGGUGAUUCAAGAGCGGUUUUGGCUGUUAAGGAAGGGAAUAAAGUUGUUGCUGAGGACCUGUCUCUUGACCAAACGCCAUUCAGGAAAGAUGAAUGCGAGAGGGUAAAACUUUGUGGAGCCAGGGUUUUAAGUGUUGAUCAAGUUGAAGGGCUUAAAGAUCCUGGUAUUCAGACAUGGGGAGAUGAAGAAACUGAAGGUGGUGAUCCGCCAAGGUUGUGGGUUCAGAAUGGGACGUAUCCGGGAACCGCAUUUACACGGAGUGUUGGUGAUAGUAUGGCCGAGAAGAUUGGUGUAGUAGCUGUUCCUGAGGUAUCAGCAGUUCACCUUACAUCGGCAAAUCCGUUUUUUGUUGUUGCUAGUGAUGGGGUUUUUGAGUUUAUCUCGAGCCAAACAGUGGUGGAUAUGGUGAGUAGAUACUCUGAUCCUCGUGAUGCUUGCGCUACUAUUGCCGGGGACGCCUAUAAACUAUGGUUAGAGAAUGAGAACCGGACAGAUGACAUAACAAUCAUCAUUGUACACAUUAAAGAGUUAUCUAAUCUUGUUGGUAGUGCAAAUGUUGAUGGCAGCCAAUCGAAUACAAGGUCUGAUGCUUUGAGUGUUGAGAAGGGAGGUUCAGAGAUCUUUUUCACUCCUUCUGGAUCUGAAGUUUGUCAUUCAAUUAGAAGUGAUUUUUCUGAAAGCCUCGGUCAUCAGCAUCUUAUGUCAAUCCAUGAAAGCCCUGCUACAGUACCAGAAGAGCAGCUAUCUGCACCGUGA